UCUCUCUCUGUCUUUGUCUCUUUUUCUCAGUUCUUUGAAUCUCUCUUCUCUACUUAACGUUACUUCUCCCUCAUUGAUCAGAAGAAGAAAAAUUCUCAACAAAAUCAAACCCUGUGCCAAAAUUUCCGUUCUGAUUCACCAACUUGCCAAAGUUUAAGUUUUUUUUUUCAUUUUUUAAAUAAAAAAUGGGGGCUUUUGUAACGUUUCCUCAGAAUCCGAGAAGAUAGUGAAAAAUGUGUCAACUUUGAAUUGACCUUCCUUAAUCCUUUAAAAGGGUUUUGCUUUUGCGAUUUCGCGUCUUUGGAUUCGAUGAAGAAAUUGAGAAGCUAUUACUCGAGUGUGAGGCAUCAUCAGAAUCAUCAUCAUUCAGAGAGGAAAUGGAUAUUUUUCCCUAUCGUGAUUGCUUCAAUCUUCGCUUUCUUCCUACUGUUUCUCACAACCCUAACUUCACCAAACGGAGUCCGGUUCCUCCCUUUUACCCGACCCGUUUUAUUAACCGGAUCUGGAUCAUCGGCCUUCGUCGAGUCCAAGAUCAAACCAAAGCCAAUCUCUUCACUCCCUUCUCCGCCGCGAUUCGCUUACUUGAUCUCUGGAUCCGCCGGGGACGGGAAAUCUCUCCGGCGAACUCUUCUCGCUCUUUACCAUCCGAAUAACCGGUACGUUGUUCAUCUAGACCGAGCAUCCUCGCCGGAGGAGAGAGAGGAUCUCCAUGGAUACAUCCGAAACUCGUCUCUGUUUGGAAGAUUCAACAAUGUUCAUAUGAUUGAGAAAGCUAACCUCGUGACGUAUCGUGGACCUACGAUGGUCGCGAAUACGCUUCACGCGGCGGCGAUUUUGCUCAGGGAAGGAGCUGAUUGGGAUUGGUUCAUCAAUCUCAGCUCAUCAGAUUACCCUCUAGUGACUCAAGAUGAUUUGUUGCAUAUAUUUUCGCAUUUGCCGCGGGAUUUGAACUUCAUUGAUCAUACUAGUAACAUUGGAUGGAAAGCAUCACAAAGAGCAAAACCGGUAAUUAUAGAUCCUGGACUGUAUUUGAACAAGAAAUCUGACGUCUUUUGGGUUACUCAAAGACGAAGCAUCCCAACAGCAUUCAAGCUCUUCACAGGCUCUGCAUGGAUGGCGUUAUCUCGGCCAUUCAUCGACUAUUGUAUUUGGGGUUGGGAUAAUUUACCUCGCACGGUCUUAAUGUACUACUCGAAUUUUCUAUCUUCUCCGGAAGGAUAUUUUCACACCGUUCUCUGCAACGCCGAGGAAUUCAGAAACACAACAGUGAACAGCGACCUGCACUUCAUAUCGUGGGACAAUCCGCCUAAGCAGCAUCCACACCAUCUCACUCUUGCAGACAUGGAUAAAAUGGUCAAUAGCAAUGCUCCGUUUGCAAGAAAAUUCAGAAGAGAAGAUCCUGUCCUUGACAAGAUCGAUGAUGAGCUUCUUAACCGAGGUCCUGGGAUGGUUACACCUGGUGGUUGGUGCAUUGGAAGCCAAGGAAAUGGAAGUGACCCUUGUGCUCUUAUUGGUGACACAGAUGUUAUCAGGCCUGGUCCAGGAGCUAAACGGCUUGAGAAUCUGGUUACUUGGCUGUUAUCUAAUGAGAAUUUCCGACCAAAACAAUGCAAGUAAAUCUUAGUGAAUCACAUUGCAGAAUAUCAAUCAAGAAGCUUUCAUUUUUGGGACUAGAUGUGAUUUAGAAUCUGAUAGUGUCUCUCUUUUAGUCAAGAGUAUAAGUGAAGAUACUGAACAUUUUAGGCUAUGGCUUUUGGGAAGCACAUGUGUCACAGAAUAUGCCUUAAUGUAUUGUUGUAGUUCUCACAUUUUCACAUCAUAU